GUGCUUGCAUCCUCCCCACUGCUCUGCUCAAAGUCCUCUCGGAUACCAGCGGGGGAAGGGAGCGGUGAAAGAGAACACGAAAGCGAAAGUAUUGCCAGAUUCUACAAAACAUCAAAACCCGAGCCUACAGUCACACGAACAAGGUUAUAUUCUGCGAUCCUUCGUCGUGCUGUAGUGCAGGCUUCAUUUAACACUAUAUUGUGCAAAUACAUACAAUAUUGGGUGUUCAGAAGAAGACUUUAACGGCACAUUAUUGUCGGUUCGUGAUAGUUUAUCAAUCACAAGGGACGGAAUGAGAGGAACGGGGUGUUUGCUGAGAUCUGAAGGGAUCCUCCUUCUCCUUCUCCAGGUGUACUCUGCAUACGCAGACAAUUUUAAAGUGGAGGUUCCAGUUGAACCCGUGUCUGCCCAUGUGGGGAGCAGCGUCCUGCUUCCCUGCCGCAUCUCCACAGGUGUCAACGCCGUGAGGAUGGAGGUGAGGUGGGUGAAAAACGGAGAUGAAACCGUGCAUGUCUACGUAUCCGGAGCCGACCUGGAAGGCCGGCAGAGCCCAGGAUUCAAAGGCAGAACUCACCUCGAUAAAGAAGCACUGGGAGCCGGGAACGUGUCUCUGCAGCUGAACGACGUCAGAGUCUCGGACGAAGGAAGCUAUCAGUGUUACGUAGUUUCAGAGAGCUGGUUCACUGACUCCACCAUGAAGUUAAAGGUCUCGGCUCUCGGGAGAUCCCCGCGCUUCAGUCUGGCUGGCCGGCUGGACAGUGACGUCACUCUGCAGUGUGACUCGGAGGGCUGGUUUCCUAAGCCGGAGCUGCAGUGGAGGAAUGUGAAGGGUGCUGAUUUAACAGGGAGGGCUGUUCUCACUGAGAAGCAAGGAGCAGACGGGCUCUUCACUCUCCAGAGCACUCUGCAGAUAUCGGAACAGGAGGCCGAUGAGAUCACCUGUCUUAUUAGACACGGGGAGGAGAGGAGAGUCCUGGAGUCCCGAGUCCACAUCGGGGGUGAAUUCUUCUCCCUGGUCGCCCCCUUAUGGAAGGUCUUGUCAGUGUUUUUUAUAGUUUAUCUCAUACUCUUUGCCUCGUGCGUCUCUGCGGCCAUGUUCUACUACAGGAAGAGAGAAGGUUUGAAAUCGCUGGCUGUGAGCUCCCAAGACGGCGAGCCACAGCACGCUGCCCUCAUCCAGCCUCCGCUGAUCGCAUGAAGGCGCAGCUCUCUCGACAGACGUGGCAUAUUGUUUUCUUAAUUGCUUUUAUUCAAGCUUGCAAUUCAGCAGCUGAAAUCACUCCCUAUCCAGCGUCCAAUCAGCUGAAAAGAGGUUGGAUAUUUCAGCAAGACAAUGAUCCAAAACAUACCUAAAAAUCAACCAUGAAAUAUUUACAAGAAAGAAGGAGGAAGGUUUUGGAAUGGGCGCCACAGUCCCCAGACUCAAAUAUUAUUGAAAAUCUGUGGGGAGAUCUCAAACAUGCAAUGCAUGCAAGGAGACCUAAGAAUCUUUCUGAGCUGGAAGAGUUCUGCAAGGAAGAGUGGGAAAAAAUUCCAAAGGCAAGAAUAGAAAGACUCUUAGCUGGCUACAGGAAACGUUUGGAAACAGCUAUAUCUGCCAAAGGAGGUGUUACCAAGUACUAAGUGACAGGGUGCCCAAACUUUUGCAUGCACCAUGUUCACUUUUGUUUAUUAUUGUAAUUUAUAACAGAAUAUUGUAAUCUGCCAAGUGUUUAAUCUGUAGUAUUUUGUACUUAAUCAUAUCCUGAUGUAACUAUCACUAUUUAAUCAUAUCCUGAUGUAACUUUCACUAUUAUCUGCUGUAUUAUUGAAUUGUGGUUUGUCACACUUGAGAAUUAUUGUAUUUCUUGUUCUUAUUGUAUGACUUAUAUUGUAACACUUGAAUGUAUUUGUAUUUGCUUGCGAUUGUAAGUCGCCCUGGAUAAGGGCGUCUGCUAAGAAAUAAAUAAUAAUAAUAAUAAUUAUUAUUUUGAAUCUGUAAUAAAUGCAAAUAAAUAGUAAUCCUGUAUUGAAA